AUGUCAACGAGCACCCAGCAGGAUGGCAUCGCGCUCAGUGCAGCAACGAGAUCCAGCGCAGGCUCGGCCGCUACCGAAAGUCGCAAGGUGUCGUUCCAACAACCAUCCGCGACCGUCCCGAGCAGGUCUUCGACAUCCGCACAUCUUUCAGCUUCCAGCACAUCGAGGACGGCAAACUCAUCAAUUAGCUCGCAGAACUACACAACUGCAUACACAGGAGCGACCCGACGUCAUUCUCUGUUCGGCACCGAGGACAGAGUCAUCCUUGACAUCGGCAGCAGGUACUCCAAGUUUGGGUUCAGCGGCGAACCUCGCCCGCGUGUCAUCGUGCCGUCCGUCAGCUUCUCCCAGCCGUCUACCUCCUAUCUGCAUCUCGAUACAUCAUCAACGCAAACUGAUGCGCAUAACGUUGGCGAAGCACUUUGGGAUCUGGACUUUGAGCGAUGUGCCGAUGACCAGCUGCGUCGAGGCAAACGGGCCCUUGUGCUUGCGCAGCUCACGCAACUCCUACGCAACGCUUUCACCCAGCAUCUCAUGGUCGAUCCGAAGCAGAGGAAAGUGCUUGUAGUCGAGCAUCCGAUGCUGCCGACCUCGAUCAAGGAGUUGAUCUUUUUGGUGCUGUUCAACAACCUUCAGGUGCCGUCGGUGGCAUUCGUGCCCUCACCUUUGCUGAGCUUGCUAGCCGUGGGUCGAAUCACAGGCCUCGUCCUCGAGAGUGGAUACCUCGAGUCGACUCUGACGCCAGUAUACUACGGGAGGCCGAUGACGAGCCAUGUUGCAUCGACAACUCGGGCGGGCAAGCGGCUCAAUGCGAGACUCAGGCAUCUGCUUUUGCGGCAUGGCAGAUUUGUUGCCGCACAAGCUAGUCUGCAAGACUCAUCAAAAUCGCUGCGAGAGCGAACGCAUACCAUCGAUCCAUCGCUGUUGACGGACGACCGGUUGGAGCAGAUCAAGGCGAAGGCGCUGUUCGUCAGCUCUUACGAUCCUGAUCUCAGUGGUCUGGAAGAUCUCUUCUCUGACCUCGAAGUCGAAUCAGCCGAAUCACGCCAAGGACUGGAAGCGCUGCAGGCAGAGUCGGCUGCUUCAACCCGCCAGCGAUACUCCUCUAUCUCGACUGCCACGCCAUUCACUUUUGCAGUGACGCCCGACUCGGUCGAUCCGAACGGCACCGCUUCGGUCAUCCAGAGCAUAUCGGCUCCUCCGAGCUCGACCUCUUCUACUCUUUCGGGCGCAUCUCGAGGGGCGCAAGCAUCUGGCGUCAUCGCCAUACCAGGUUGGGUUCGUGAGCGAGCGGCAGAGCUUCUCUUCGAAUCGGGCAAUGACGACGAUCCCGGUUUAAUCGAUACGACCGUCAGAGCCAUCUCGAAGCUGCCGAUCGAUCUGCGCCGAGUCAUGUGCGAAAACGUCCUUGUCUCGGGUGGGACGGCCAUGCUUCCCGGCUUCGCGAAUCGAUUCAGAACGCAGCUGGCGAUGGCGAUCGAGAAAGCAGAGCAGCCGGGAGGCACGUUGUCGAUUGACAAGCACGUCAGCUAUCGUAGCAAAGCGAAUGGUGAGGUGAAGUACUCAGUGGAGCGGUCGAGUCUUCAUGGCUCAGUGGCAGUGAUGAACGAUCCCUGGCCUGACACAUCACGAACAGAGCAGGGGAACGGCACCGGUGGUAGCAACCAGACGAAUCAAGGCGGAUCUGCGCCAGCGUUCGCAGCGAAUCUCUUACCUUGGAUGGGAGCAUCGCUAGCAGGCGCAUUGAAGACGACGCCUCUCAACGCCGUCACGCGCGAAGCAUACGACGAAGCCACGAAAGCAACUCAGGACGAAGCAGGAUCGGAGGUGACGGAGAAGCAAGACGAGAAAGACAAGCAGCAGCCACAGAGACCGGCGCUGACGGGAGCCAGCAAGCGAGGCUCCUUCGUGGGUGUCGUAGGUGGGCUGGAGACGGGCGCCUACGGUGGACUGGCAGCGGUGAGCCGACAUUUGAUCGGAGUGCCAGGUGCGAGCGCAAGCAGUGCAAGUCCGACGAAAAUGUCGAGUGCCGACGCUUUGGCUGACAGCGAGGCGGAUUGA